CGCGUCCGCGUGCGCCGCUCCCCCGUCACUCCCACAGUGCAGUGCUCCUCCCCGUUGCCACUCGCAGUCGCAGCCAGAGAGCCUCCCGCAGCAGCCAGCGCUCGCAAUGGAGCGGCCUUCCAGCAGCGCCGUCCUCCUCCCCUGCCUCCUCCUCCUCCUGGCCACGGGCUCCCUCGCGCAGUCCCCCGCGGCAGCUCCGGCCCAGGCGCCGCCCAAGUCCUCCAAGGCCACGCCGGCGCCGGCCGCCGCCACCCCGGCCGCGCCCGCGCCCAAGUCCGCCUCCAAGGCCAGCCCUGCCCCCGCCGCCGCGCCGACCACCACCCCCGCCACCCCGGCCCCCGCCGCGGCGCCGACGACCAAGCCCAAGGCCCCUGCGCCUGCGCCCCCUGCCAAGGCCACCGCCCCGGCGCCCGCUGCGACGCCCCCCGCCGCCGCCGCGCCGCCCGCGCCCGUGCCCGAGGUCCCGGCCGCCGCGCCGGCGCCGGAGACCAAGCCCGCCGAGGCGCCCGCCCCCGCCAAGAAGAAGAAGCCGUCGUCGCCGCCGCCCAAGAGCAAGAAGAAGAAGAAGGCGGCCGCGCCCGCCCCGGCCGCGGAGGCCCCCGUCGCCAAGAAGCACAAGGCCGCCGACGCGCCCUCAACCGACGCCGAGGCCCCAGGGCCCAGCGGCGACGCCGCCGCCGCCGACACCGCGAGCGCCGCAGGGAGGACCACGGGGCGGGCGGCGGGCGCGAUCGCGUCGGCCGUCGCGGUGGCGCUGGCCGCGGCGGCGCUGCUCGCCUAGACCCCGGAUGCUUUUGCUCUGUGCCUGUGACCCCACAGGAUCCGAUGCUGCUACUGGCCGUGCUACCCUUUUCCCGCUUUUUCCUCUUUUGUGUAAUUUGUGACUAGUGUAGUAGGGCUCUCACAUCGCAUUGAUUCACUUGUGCGGAUGCAUUCUUUUGCUUUAGGUUAGAGAUGGUAGGGGUGUGCUUGCCUGUGUAUUGUUCAGAUUUAUUUAUAACUCUUUAUAUAUCAUUGUUAUUGCUUCA